AUGGAUGAAGUUUUUGAUAUUCAUGAACAAGAUCGAAGCGAGAUCAAGCAAGAAGAAAUUUCAGCUGAAGUUAAACAGAUAAAUCUCGCGAAUAAUAAAUUUCGAACUUUUCCACCCGAUGUUUUUAAUCAUUGUUAUAAAUUAACUUCAUUAAUUCUCAACCACAACGAAAUAUCCAAUUUGGAGUUCUUAUCAUGCUUUAAAGCUUUACUCGAAUUAGAUUUUAGGAAUAAUCAAAUCGAAGUUGAUGAUAUUUUGGCAAUAAAACACAUUUAUAUUCUAUUCCUAAGAAGUUCAAACAACGGAUUUAAUGAAAAGCUAAGAGUUCACCCAUUAUCUUUUGUUGUUUUAUUACCACGUGUCUGGAUAUUUGAUGGAACUUUCAUCACAGACUAUAUUCGCAAUAAUGCUGCAAAAUUCCGUAAUACUCUUGCAUUCAGUGAGACUGUACUUAAUGCGAGACGUACAAAACAAAUAGAAAGCGCGACAAUGACAUCUGCACAACUUGUUAACAACUUUCUUGCAGGAAGUAAGUGUAAUUUUGGAGAACCUGGCCUUUUCAUUACACCUCAGGGCUCUCAGGUUCAACAAUUAACAGAUCAUCCUCAAAUUAAAAGAAUUCAAUAUUUAGCUAAAAAUUAUCCAAUCGAAUUGCAAAUCGGUACAUUCAAAGACUAUUUCUCGCUCGUUUUGGGCAUUUUAUCUAAACAAUGGAUGAAUUUACCAAUAUCUUACAUUCCAAGGUUAGUUGCUCGUCAAUAUUGGGGUGCUGUUAAUCAGACAAUUACACAAUUAGAAGAAUGGCAAUACUGGGUUUUACUUUUAAAGAUAUCAGAAAAUAUCAAACCAGAAACAGUAGUAGAAAAGGAAUUAUGGGCUGCAAUGAGACUUAAAGAUUAUCUACAGACAGGAAAAUCGCCUAAAAUUGGUUCAAUACCAAGAAUGAUCAUAUCAUCCUUUUUAUUCCGUUGUUUGGACUCAGACGAAAGUAUUAAGAACGAUGAUGUUACUAUAUACGAGGUCUACAGAAGCCAUUGCGGCUUCACAUCCCUUGAUGAAAGCCUUGAUAUUAUUCAUCAGGAAAUUUUGACAACAAUUCAAACGGAAGCACGUCAAAUCCCUCAAAAAGGUGAAACAAUAGCAGUUACGCAUCCUUUGAAGAACAAAUGGGUCAAUGCAAAGGUUAAUGGAAGUUAUGGCGGCAGAGUUGAAGUUUCUCUACCAGAAUGUAUAUUUUUAAUGCCAAUUUCCGCAUUGUUUUGGGAUGGCCGAGGUGUUUGGAGGGAAGCAAAGAGCAGAUCCGUUAAAUUGCCUUCAAAAUCUCAAAAUCCGACCAUGAAUUUCACAAGUGCUAAUGGAACUGGCAGUGCUUUUAUCACUGAAAGUAUUACCCGAGGUUCUGAGCCUCAGAAACAGGCAAAAACGCUUCCUCCGCUUGAUCAUCACAUUCCAUCAUCAAUUGUCAAACCUCCGAAGAUGAGAGUUGCUCCAUCAGAUUCUUCACCUGAUUUACUGCAGACUCUCUUCAAAACUGGCCAAAAAUCUCCAACAAAAGCUGCAUCAUCUUUGAAUACCAUCGCAAAGACACCAAAAGUGGCCCAAUUCAGAGGAAUUCCACAGCCAAGAAUCGCAGCAAGAUCACACAUUACGAGAGCAGCUCCAAAAAGGAAAACUGAUAAAAUGGUCACUGAUGUCGUGAAUAUCGUGAAUGGCGGGUACGGAAGUAAUGGCCAAAACCUUCGUAAGUUCCAUGUUAAGAUGACAAACCAAGUAACAAAUAGAAGUGACUACGUUUGGAUAAAUGAAGACGAAAUUCCAACUGAAGACGUUGUCAAACUGCUUGAUAUAUAUGCAGAUCAUAUCAAAUCUAAGAUGCUUAUAAUUGAAGGACAUUAA